UCCUUCAAUGCUGUUGGUCUUCCUGGAGGCUCGCUCGCGAGAUCUAGAUUAGCUACAGGGGUUCUUCGAUGGCGGUGGCGCGGAUCUGAAAGCACCGCUCGCUGCAGCGGCAGGCAGCGAUGAAUUCCUCUCGGGCGAUGAAUGUCGAGAGAUCGUCGCUGUGCAACUGCGUGGUGAACUUCUUGUUGGAGGAAGGCUAUGUGCUGACGGCCUUCGAGCUCCUCCACGAGCUAAUAGAGGACGGACGGGAUGACCAGGCUAUCCCGGCCCUUUUUCCCUCCGAUCAGAUUGCACGCUUCAACUCCAUCAAAGCUGCAGAUCCACAAACGUUACUCGAGGAGAAACUAGCAUUGGAAGAGAAAUUGGCGGUCACUGAAUACGAGCUCCGCUUAGCACAAGAAGAUGUCGCAAGGCUCAAAACAGAUUUAGAAAAGAUAAAUGAAGCUCUUCCUGAUGAUUGUCCUGAUACUUCCAAAACUAAUGGCCUAGAAAAUCAGCAAGAGAAACAGAGCAACUAUUCUUCUUUAGGCCCAUUGAAGGAUUCUGAGCGCAAAGAUCUUAACCGUGCUGUCAAAGAAUACUUGCUUUUUGCUGGUUACCGGCUCACAGCCAUGACAUUUAUUGAGGAGGUCACAGAUCAGAAUCUUGAUGUUUGGCCCAAAAGCUCAGCUUGUGUCACUGAUGCUUUGCGUCGUUAUUAUUAUCAGUAUCUCUCAUCCACUACAGAAGCUGCUGAGGAGAAGAUAUCCCUUCUUCAAGAAAACGAAUCACUGAUGAAGGAAAAUAUGUCCCUCAAAAUGGAGAGGGACUCCUUUGUAAAAAACAAAGAAGAAGUUGAUGGUCGGAUAGCCAGUUUAUCAAAGUAUUUGGAAGCUUCACGGAAGGACCUUAAAGAAAGGGACCUUCUGAUUCAAGUUCUAAAACAGUCACUGGAACUUCAGAGGAAGGAACUAAAUGAGUGCAGAGCUGAGAUAACUUCUCUGAAGAUGCACUUAGAAGGUUCCCUUGCAAGUAGGGGAUGGCAUACAGGAGACAUCGAAGGAAUUAAAUCUUUAAACAUUGACAAAAAAGAAGUAACUGGAUUCCAAUAUACAGAAACUGAAACCACACAAUUAACAAAUGUUUUGAGAGACGGUUCUAAUUCCAUGGCAAGCCAGGUUGAAGAUAGCCAACCAGAGGAAAAGGUUCUCGAGAUGAAUGAAGCAGGCGUGAUGUCAAAAUCUUUUCCUGGUUCAAAUGUGAAGAAUAGUAGAGACGUUAUUGUUGGGCAUGAAUCUGAUGAAUCUGAGCAGAACAUAGUGACUUCAUAUGGAUUGGUGGUGUCCUGCAAUGGAAAUGAUGAAGAAAAGAAAGAAAAAAACAUUGAAUCAACAGCUCGAGAAGUUAUUUGCUUAAUACAAAAAACAGACAGUCCAAGGAGGGUAACAACAGAAAAAAUGGCAUUGGAGACAAUCCAGAUUGUUUCAGAUUCUCUGCCUAAGAUUGUUCCUUAUGUUUUGAUCAACCAUCGUGAGGAACUUCUUCCAUUGAUUAUGUGUGCAAUUGAGCGGCAUCCAGAAGGCAAUGUAAGAGACUCUUUAACACACACAUUAUUUAAUCUUAUUAAGCGGCCGGAUGAGCAGCAGAGGCGAAUUAUAAUGGAUGCUUGUGUUAGCCUAGCCAAGAAUGUAGGGCAGAUGAGAACUGAAACGGAGUUGCUGCCCCAAUGCUGGGAACAGAUAAAUCACAUGUAUGAAGAGAGGAGACUACUGGUUGCACAGUCAUGUGGAGAGCUUGCAGAGUUUGUACGGCCUGAGAUUCGUGAUUCACUUAUAUUAUCAAUUGUGCAUCAGCUAGUUGAAGACUCUGCUAUUGUCGUGCGAGAGGCUGCUGUUCAUAAUCUGGCAAUGCUCUUUCCAAAUAUGGACAAAUAUUUUAAGGUUGAAGAGCUGUUGUUUCAAUUGGUGUGUGAUCCUUCAGGCGUGGUGGUGGAUGCUACGCUUAAAGAACUCCUUCCUGCUGUUAUAAAAUGGGGAAGCAAGAUGGACCAUGUUCUACGUGUUCUACUCUCUCACAUGUUGGGAGCUGCAAAGCGGUGCCCACCUCUUUCUGGGGUUGAAGGCUCUGUGGAUUCUCAUCUGCGUGUACUAGGUGAACAUGAACGAUGGAGCAUUGAUGCCUUGUUGCGUAUGAUGAUGGAGUUGCUUCCGUUUAUCCAUCAGCGAUGUAUUGAUACUUGUCCGAUAAAUGUUGCUACUAAAUCUAACUCCAGCUCCGAACAAAACGAUUCCUUUUUCUCAUCAUCCUUGCUUCAAUUGUAUGCCAAGAGCAAUGUGCAGUGGAGUGCGUUUGAUUGGAUGUACACUGAUUGUUUUCCUGAUUUAAUUGAGCUUUCUUGCUUCUUGUCUCGCAAGGAAGACAAUCUCAGAACCCGAAUUGCAAAGAUCCUACUGGCGGUAUCAGAGCUAUUUGGAGAUGAAUAUCUUUCUGUUAUAAUGCUCCCUGUUUUUCUUAUUUCAGUUGGGGACAAUGAAAGUGCUAAUUUGACGUAUUUCCCAGUUUUGUUCCUACCAAGCGUCAAAGGUUUGCAGCCUAAAAGUGCUGUGGCAAAGAAAAUUGCCACCGCUUGUGUCCUUCCUCUCUUGUUGUCUGCUAUUUUGGGUGCUUUCAGUAAUCAUGAAAGACUUUUGGAUUAUAUGCGGAAGCUACUACUGCUUAACACAACAAAAGAGGUUUCUUGGUCUGCUAAUUGCAGCGCUGAGGUCAUUGAUGCAGUCCGCUUUGUUUGCUCUUUUGAGAAGCAUCAUGGAACUGUUUUUCAAAUAAUAUGGGAAUUAGUCGCAUGCUCUGAGGAGAGCCUGAAGACAACUGCAACAAAUUUGUUAAAAGUUCUAGUACCUUAUAUUGAUGUGAAACUUGCAUCUGCUCAUGUCUUGCCAGCGCUUGUUACACUUGGUUCUGAUCAAAAUUUAAAUGUUAGAUACGCAAGCAUAGAUGCAUUUGGUGUUGUGGCUCAGCAUUCCAGAAAUGAUGUGAUUGUCGAAAAAAUCAUAAUACAGAUGGAUGCCUUUCUGGAAGAUGGAUCACAUGAGGCUAUUAUAUCUGUGGUGAGAGCUUUAGUUACAGCAGUACCACACACGACAGACAAAUUAAGAGAAUAUCUUUUAUCCAAGAUCUUCCAACUAACAUCCAUGCCAUCUCAUGGUAAUGAUGUUGUUCGCCGUCGAGAUAGAACUAAUGCUUUUUGUGAAGCAAUCCGAGCUUUGGACGCAACAGAUCUUUCAUCAACCAGCGUGAGAGAGCUUCUCAUACCAGCCAUACACAACCUACUAAAGGAGCAUGAUAACCUUGAUCCAGCGCACAAGGAAGCAUUAGAGAUUAUAAUGAAGGAAAGAUCAGGAGGAGCAUUUGAUAGCAUUAGCAAGGCCAUGAGCGCUCAUCUUGGAAUUGCUUCUUCCAUGACCAGUUUCUUCGGCGAAACCGGUCUCCGGGCGAAGAAAGACUCGGCAGACUCUGCUGAUCCUUCUUCGCUGCCACAGCAGCCGAGCUCGCAGUCACAGCAGGACGAUACGAGGUUUCGACGAAUCAUGCGGGGCGGGUUUAGCGAGAUGCUGAGAGGCAAAGCCCGAGCCACCGAUGAUUCUCCAAAUUAGUUGGUUAUUUUCAGCCAUUUCUGAGGUUGAUAUCAUCCUUAUUUUACUCAUCUGUGUUCAGAAUCUUCCUUAAUUCUUAGUUUAUAUGAUCAUGAUUUUCAUGUUCCUAUGAUUUAUUUGUAUCAAAAUGGUUUGAUUUGCAUUUAGUUUCAUAUAUAUUUUUUGUAUUUACAAUUUUGAGAUAACAGCUGAGGAGAUUAUCAUACAGGAUAGCUGAGUUCCUUAUGGAAAUUCUUUUGUUUGCUGGAGUGAGUUUUGGCAGACAAUAAGAUGUUAUGGACCAUUUUGUUAAACUUUUAUUGUGUA